UGCUCAGAGAGUGAAGCUGUUCCUGUUCUUCUAUCUUUGCGAGGACCAAGUUUGAGUUUAAUAACUUUUUACGUCCUGAGAACAUGUUGGAGUUUUUUCGUGGAAAGUGAGGAUGUUUUAAUAGGAGAGGACAUAUUUGGGAAUGUUUACACAGUGACCUCAGUUUUGGUAAACAGAAAUUUUAGAAGUUUGGAACACUUUUUUAAAAGUGAACAAAUUUUGCAAAUGAUAUUUUUGAUCAGACCUGAAGCUCAGUUUGGAUAUUACAACAAAAUUUUGGAUUUGUCGUUUUUCAUCUGGCUGCAGAAAAACCAUCAGUGGACUUCAACAGAUUUUGGACUCUGUCAUUUUUUUUUCUAUUUUUAUUUCUGAGGAUCCAGUAAAUUACAUUUUUGAUCCUUUUGUGUCUGAACUUGUGGAUAUUCUGAUUUUAUUUAAUAUUUUUUUGGAUCUGAACUCUGUGGAGUCUAGUGUUCAGUCUAAGGUGGGGUAAUUUCAGGGUUUUGGUCCUCUGAGUGACAGUGUUGGUGCAGUUUUUCGUCUGAAUGCCCCAGGAUUACCCUCAGGCUGCAGUUCCUCACCCGGCCUGCAGGGCAGCAGCAGAGAGCAGCGGCUGGCAGCUGGACAGGCGAAGUGUUGGCAUGAGUGACUUCUGGCACAAGAUGGGCUGCUGCGUGGUGGCUAAACCUCCACCGAAGAAGAAGAGGAGGAAGAUUGAUCGCAGUAUGAUUGGAGAGCCGACAAACUUCAUCCACCUCACACACAUCGGCUCCGGAGAGAUGGCCGAUGGCCUGCAGCCGUCGGGGUCGGUUCAGGAGCAGAUGAGGUCUAAAGGGCCUAACAUGAACGGCAGGAACAGUCUGUUAUAGCUGGAGUAACUGAAAUCAGCCCAGACCUUCUGACCGACCUCCUCUCUCCUCUGAACCUCUGAAUCUUCUGUCCUGUAUCUGACCCCUGACCAGAGGCUUCCACAGCCCUCCUGCCCUGCUGAAGUGUCCUUGAGCAAAGCUCUGCCCCUCUGCUAGCUGCAGGGGGGGAGGGGGCCCUGUCUAGACCUGAAAAAAUCUCAGACAGAUCCCCCCUGGAGGAUGAUCACUUUAAACGAAGAAAGGAGGCUUUCGCCUCUUUUCAUCGAAGAAACAGAAGAAUUUUUUAUAUUUUUUAUGAAUCAGGAUUUAAAAUCAGGGGCCGCUGUUAAAAAUUGUCCAAAAAUGAGCCACAUCUCAGGUCCAGUAAACCACCAAGGACUACAUCCCCCAGAAUCCUUUUCUAUUCAGGAUAUCUGCGAAAUGACAGAAUGUCUGUAUUUUAAGAAAGAAAAACUGGCUCCAAAGUGUUUCCCAGAAUUCAUAGAAAAGUUUUCUCAAAACACUCUGAUCCAAGAGGAAGUGAGGAUUACUAAAUCUCCCAUAAUCCCUCAUUUUAACCCUCAUGCUGGUGCAAAGUGCCCCCCUGUAGAGCUGCUCUGGAGUUCCUUCAGUGGACCUUAUUUCCCAGGAUGCUUCACUCUGCCCAGCCCCACUGCUGGUGCUGAAUGAUUUAAGACUCUUGUUUUAGGAGAUGGGAAAGUCCCGCAAAUUCCUGCUACACUGGACUGGUCUGUGUGUGUGUGUGUGUGUGUGUGUGUGUGUGUGUGUGUGUGUGUGUGUGUGUGUGUGUG